CUCUCCGCUCUACAUUUUCGGGGAAUCCCGGGGACCGCUGAGGGGGAAGCCAAACGGGGUACAGGAAGGGGCCGCCGCAGAGGGCUGGCCGCCCUUUGGGGUGUCGGGGCCGUGGGUCUGAGCGAUGAGGAGGGGCCAUGGCCAGCGACGGGGCCAGGAAGCAGUUCUGGAAGCGCGGCAGCAGCAAGGUCCCGGGCAGCAUCCAGCACGUGUAUGGCGCUCAGCACCCGCCCUUCGAUCCCCUGGUCCACGGCACCUCGCCCAAGGCCACGCCCAGGGCGCCCCCCACGCCGGCCAAGGCCAAGCGGGUCAGCACCUUCCAGGAGUUUGAGAGCAACACCAGCGACGCCUGGGACGUCGGCGACGACGACGACGAGCUCCUGGCCAUGGCGGCCGAGCGCCUCAACACCGCGGUCGUCAUGGAGACGGCCCGCCGAGUCCUGCGCAACCACAGCCAGCGGCAGGCGCGCCCCCGGCCGCCCGGGGCCCCGGCGCCCUCGGCGGAGCGCUCGGCAGAGCCCCCCGAGGCCCCCGGCGGCGACCUGCGGCUGGUGAAGUCCGUCAGCGAGAGCCACGCGGCCUGUCCUGAAGGAAGCGCCAGCGACGCCGUCCCUCUGCAGAGGUCCCAGUCUCUCCCGCACGCGGCCACGGUGGCGCUGGGUGGGACGCCCGAGCCCAGCACCCUCAGCAGCUCGGCCUUAAGUGAAAGAGAGGCCUCUCGGCUGGACAAGUUCAAGCACCUGCUUGCGGGCCCCAACACAGACCUCGAGGAGCUCAGGAAGCUAAGCUGGUCCGGGAUCCCCAAGCCCGUCCGUGCCGUCACGUGGAAGCUGCUCUCAGGUUACCUUCCUGCCAAUGUAGAUCGAAGACCAGCCACUCUCCAAAGAAAACAGAAAGAAUAUUUUGCUUUUAUUGAUCACUAUUACGAUUCCAGGAAUGAUGAGGUUCACCAGGAUACCUAUAGACAGAUCCACAUAGACAUCCCUCGAAUGAGUCCCGAAGCAUUGAUACUUCAGCCCAAAGUGACAGAGAUUUUUGAAAGGAUCCUGUUCAUAUGGGCCAUACGUCAUCCUGCCAGCGGAUAUGUUCAGGGGAUAAAUGACCUUGUCACUCCCUUCUUUGUAGUCUUCAUCUGCGAGUACAUAGACGACGAGGACGCGGACUCCGCCGACAUCUCCCGGGUGCCCGAGGACGCGCUGCGCAACGUGGAGGCCGACACGUACUGGUGCAUGAGCCGGCUGCUGGACGGCAUCCAGGACAACUAUACAUUCGCCCAACCUGGGAUUCAGAUGAAAGUGAAGAUGUUGGAAGAGCUCGUGAGCCGCAUUGACGCGCAAGUGCACCGGCACCUGGACCAGCACGAGGUGAGGUACCUGCAGUUCGCCUUCCGCUGGAUGAACAACCUGCUGAUGCGGGAGCUGCCCCUGCACUGCACCGUGCGUCUCUGGGACACCUACCAGUCGGAACCCGAGGGCUUCGCCAAUUUCCACCUGUACGUGUGCGCUGCUUUUCUCGUGAGAUGGAGGAAAGAAAUACUGGAAGAAAGAGAUUUUCAAGAGCUGCUGCUCUUCCUUCAGAACCUGCCCACCGCCCACUGGGGUGACGAGGACGUCAGCCUGCUGCUGGCCGAGGCCUACCGCCUCAAGUUCGCCUUCGCGGACGCCCCCAAUCACUACAAGAAGUGAGGCCGGCCCACCGCAGCGGGCCCCCUGUGCCGGGCAGCGCCGCUGCCGCUGGCUGCAGGCCCCGGCCGGGGAGGAGGAGAGGAGGCCUCGCUGGAGUGGCCCGCCGGGACGAGGCGCCGGCCGCGGGCAGGCCUGGUGAGGGCGGGCAGCCUCCGCCUCCCGAGAUACCAAAGAGCUGGGGAGCGGCCGGCCGUGGGGCCCCUGGGGCCAGCGCCCCGCCCCCGGCCCUGGAGCGCCCUUGCCAAACGCCCACCUCGUGCGCCCCCGCCCCGGGCAGCCUGGGAGGCAGCCCCCCUCAGAGGCCUGCUGUCCGGGCGCUGGGGGCAGAGGGAGGUGGCAGCCGCCUCCUGCCUGCUUGGAAACUUAAACAUUCUAUUCUGUUGAGCGAAGAGAAUAAAGUACAGACAAAGAUGUUCA